AAACUCGCAGUCCAUCGCUCUGAGCAGAAGAGGAGCAGCACAACUAAAUGUGACUUAUCUGAGCAUCAUUACAUCUGCGCCUCCGGGAGACGAAGAGGAGACACACUCUGAAGGAGAACACAACGCGAUCAGAGCCUCCCGGAGUUACAUGAUAUCAUUAUAUAUGUCUACAACAUCUCUCGCGACGUGUCGACUGUUUGUUUGCCUGUAAUGUUUCCAACCAACUGAGACGAGGGGGAUUUAUUCCUUCUAUUGUUCUUUGCUUUUCAUUGACUCUUAAUAAAAACAGCCAAAAAUUUAUAAAUACGGGUCAUUAUGGUUUUGUUAACAUUGCAUAAUAGAAGAGGGUUGAAUUGCUUGUGCGCGCAGUUCUUGCUGUGGAUUUUGUGUGCGGUGGACGGAGAGGAACAGCAAUUCAGUGUGGAGGCUUGGUUGCAGAGGUAUGGCUACCUCCCUCCCACAGACCCAAGAAUGUCUGUCCUGAGGUCCACUCAGACCAUGCAGUCUGCUAUCGCUGCCAUGCAGCGUCUCUAUGGCCUUAACAUCACCGGUGCACUGGAUAAAAACACCAUUGAUGAUAACACCUUAAGCUGGAUGAAGAAGCCACGGUGUGGGGUGCCAGACCAGUUCGGAGGUGCCUCAAAACUUAGUGUACGAAAAAGGCGUUACGCCCUCACAGGGCAGAAAUGGCAACAUAAACAUAUCACAUACAGCAUAAAAAACAUCACACCUAAGGUGGGCGCGGAGGAGACGCACAACGCCAUUCGCCGGGCAUUCGAUGUGUGGCAGAAUGUAACACCGCUGCGGUUCGAAGCAGUGCCCUAUAGCGACCUGGAGCGCAACAAGAAAGACGUGGACAUUACUAUCAUUUUCGCCUCGGGUUUCCAUGGCGACAGCUCUCCCUUCGAUGGAGAAGGGGGUUUCCUUGCGCAUGCCUACUUUCCAGGUCCGGGAAUUGGAGGAGACACACACUUUGAUUCGGAUGAGCCCUGGACUCUAGGGAACCCGAAUCAUGACGGGAACGACCUCUUCCUGGUGGCAGUACACGAGCUGGGUCAUGCAUUAGGCCUGGAGCAUUCCAACGACCCCACUGCCAUCAUGGCCCCUUUCUACCAGUACAUGGACACAGAGAACUUCAAACUGCCACAAGACGACUUGCAGGGCAUCCAGAAAAUUUACGGACCUCCAGAUAAACUUUCUCAGCCUACAAGACCUCUACCGACAGUCCCACCCGCCCGCUCACACCCACCCGUAGAUCCACGCAAAAACGACAGGCAGACGCGGCCCCCACGAAUGCCAACUGGCGACAAACCAAUGCACCCGAAUGCUAAGCCAGACAUCUGUGACGGUGGCUUUAAUACUCUAGCCAUCCUCAGAAGGGAGAUGUUUGUGUUUAAGGACCAUUGGUUUUGGAGGGUCAGAGAUAACGCUGUGAUGCCGGGUUACCCCAUGCUCAUCAAUGUCUUCUGGAGGGGUUUACCACCCAAGAUUGAUGCAGUCUAUGAGAAUAGCGAGGGCAAAUUUGUUUUCUUCAAAGGGAAGCAGUUCUGGGUUUUCAAGGACACAAUGGUACAGCCUGGCUACCCCCAGGACAUCUCAAUGUUUGGAAAUGGCAUGCCAGCGCAGAGCAUAGAGACGGCCGUCUGGUGGGAGGACGUGGCCAAGACCUACUUCUUUAAAGGAGAUAGGUAUUGGAGAUAUAAUGAGGAUAUGAGAACGAUGGAUCCUGGCUAUCCCAAGUCCAUCACGGUGUGGAAGGGAGUUCCAGAUUCUCCGCAGGGAGCGUUCGUGGAUAAAGCCAAUGGUUUUACAUACUUCUACAAGGGUAAAGAGUAUUGGAAAUUCAACAACCACAGGCUACGGGUCGAACCAGGCUAUCCUCGGUCCAUCCUGAAGGACUUCAUGGGAUGCGACCUCAUGCCCAUCGAUCCCGAUUGGCAACCAACGGAAGACGUGGAUAUUGUGAUCAAACUUGACAAUGAAGCCAACACGGUCAAAGCUAUAGCAAUCGUCAUUCCCUGCAUCUUGGCGCUCUGCUUGCUGGUAUUGAUCUACACCGUCUUUCAGUUCAAGAGGAAGGGUACACCUCGACACAUACUGUACUGCAAACGCUCCAUGCAGGAAUGGGUGUGAGCCAGAGCUGCCCAGGUCUGCAUCCCUCUCCAUAGCCACAAGACAAGGUGGUGUAACCACCCUAAACUUGCGGACUUUGGCUCUUGACCUGCGUCUCGUUCAAAGAGGACAGCGAGGGUCUUUGCUUUGAUUCCCCCUUCCAGGAGGUUAUGGGUUCAUUCCCACAAAACUUCCCACUCUUCGCCCAUUGGCCCAGUUACACCUGUUGUAGGACUUGUGGGAGGCUUGCAGAUUGUUCUUUGUGCAUUGUGACAGCCACUUCAGGUCUUCACUGUUCUAUGUGGAAAUUGCUGAUUGCUAUACCUAUAGGUCCUACGAAUGCACGCUCAAAAUGAGAAAAAAAAAUCCACUUGUCGCAGGAGCCCAGUUCAAGGUUUACCACCUUUUAGUAUUUUCGCUUCUAUAAUUUAUUUUUAAACCGAAAUUGUACAAUUCCCUUUAAAGCACUCCCAAACCAAAUAAAGACUCCAAAGAGGAUCUUUUUUCUUUUUACAGUCAUCAUUUUUUAAAUCUAUUUCUUUUCUAUAAAUAUUUUUGCUUGAAAUAUUUUGCAGUGAUAUGUAGUGUGGAAGACUUGACUGUUGUGGCAGUCUGUCUCAAAAACAGGGGCCAAAAUAUUCUGCAAUAUUUUAACAGCCUUAAUUAUGGAUUGUGUUGUUUGCUUUUGCUUUUGUUUGUUAUAGUUCUUGUUUUAUUCUAUUUUACAUUUUUUGAGUACUGCUUCAUUUUGUUUGUCUGAAAGGCAGUGCAAUAUUGCUUUGCUCCCUUUGUUUUGAGAUCAGAGACUGUGGUUAACCUCAUUUUGCCAGGGGCCGCCCAACUACUGGAGAAAGGGCAAGACUCCUUCGCCUUGGCCUAACAUGAAGCAUAUCAAACAAAACAGAGGGAACACAAAUUGGAAGACAAUGACAAAUAUUUUAUUGCGAUAGUCUGACGUGUUAUUUCAGUCUGCGAGUAGUACUGCAACGGAAAUGCUUGAAUCAUUAUCAUGCUGAAAGCUCACUCAUUUGAUCGUGUUUACACGGACAGAGAUUUGAAAGUUCGUAUCUUCCCUUUCCGAAAGGUUGCUGUUCAAGUCAGAGCAUGUCAUCUCCUUCGGACUGCCUUGUUUAUCGGUCUGGAUUCUUGAACCUUGACAUAUGCUCUCCAGGAACCACAACCCAGAACCACAAGAGCAACUCAGGACAGUGCUUGAUUUUAAAGUGUAUGCAAGCCUUCCUCAUCCAGUCCUGUGUCUUUAUUAUCAAUAUAAUAUCUCGCCAUUGCUUGUAAUUGGAAGUAUCUGCAAUAGGAUUGGACUGAUUGGACUUUUUUAUUUUCUUUGUAAACAGAGUCAGAUAUCUCAGUUUGGUUCAUGCCUUGCAGUCCGACUCUAGACUCUGGCUCCUUUGCAUUGGAAGGACCUUUGAACAUACAGUUAUUUGCUUGCAUUAACUUUUAUUUUUGUUUGUUUUCUCUUUAUUUGGUACAACACAAUUGAACAAAUUGAAUUGUCUCAACCUCAAGAUUAAAAGUGGUACUUAAAAGUGCUGAGCUGUCAUCCAGCAAGUUUCCUUUAUACCUGACAAAAGCAGAUAAAAUAGAAAACGUAUGCUGAUACACUCCAAUCUAAAGGAAACAAUGUGUUUCUGGCAAGCUGUGUUUGAAUGUGUGUCUGUAUUGAUGCUAGAUUUUUUUUUAUUGAAAAAAGAAAAAAAUGGGACUUCAAAUUCAUGUAUUUCAUGACUUGGUUUGGGACAAAUUGUUCUGAUAGGCUUAAUAAAUUAAUCAGUAUAUGAUUACAAUGCCUAUUACUUAUUUGUUUACAUUUACAUAAAGAUCAAUGUAAGCCUGGGGAAAUGUAGACAUUCAUCCCUCUCUCCACUCCAAAAUGCCAUGCUUAUUUUUCUUUUUUUUUACAUGUACCAUUUUAAAUCUGUUUUUAGGACAUGUACUAUGGUAAUAUCAUUGUAUUCUUUUAAGUACCUUGGAGUACCAUGUAAAUACCUUGGUAUUUGGUAAUCAUUCAAUACCAUGGUACAUAUAAAAGUACUAUGGUAUUACCACCUGACACAAACACCGUAUCAUAGUUCCACCACAGUACAUUUUGAAAGGUUCUUUAUUCUUCAAUGUCCUUUUUAUUUCCUCUCUAUCACACUUCUAAUAUUUGUAUUUGUACGUGAUGGUGAGUAUACAUGUACUGUAUGCAUGAGUGGUGCUCAAUAUUUCCGAGAAUAUUAGCCCAUCAAACAAGUCAACUUUCAAUUUGAAUGAUUGAAAGGAAACUGCAAUCACAUUAUAUAAAACAGAGCUGAAUAUCUUAAAGGUGGUAUGUAUCCUGUAGUUAUAUUUACCUAGUAUAAUAAGAAGCAGAGCAUAAAAUGUGAGACGACGUUGUUCAGAGGCAUUUAGAACAUGCCACAUUUAAAAAGGUAAACAGAGACACGUGUGGAUUCUGAUUUGCUCUCGAAAUGCUGGCAUGGCAAAUGGUCCAUUUCAAAUCUAGCUCAGAAGAUUCACUGCGGCCACGUUUACUGUAAGCAUGAUGUCUGAGAUUCAGGAAUUUCUGUGUUUUUCAAAUGUCUUUGAGUCUUAACCGACCAGCAUUGUUGAUAUGCAUUUAAAAAGCCUUAAUUGUGUGAAAAAGGGAGGAAAAUUUGAAAAAGUAGGAAUGAAUAAAACCUGUGUGUAUGUUUGCUCAGUAGCUAAAAGUGAGUCUGGUCUCUCGUUGUGAGAGUUUUCUGUCUGGCUGACAGAACUAACGUCCAGUUACUACACUAGUGUCAUCCUUUUUUCAUUUGGUGCUGUUAUUAUUUUAGAAUUGGACCAUACAGGAACAAUGUAUUUGCAUUCAUGUAGCAUUAGUCGUCAAGGUGCAUGGUUUCGUUGCUCGCGUUUAUUUCUUGUAUGUUCGGCGAAGGACUAAAGGUGCAGACACACUAGGAUUUGUGCACACAAAAUUACUUCGGACCUUGCAGCGAAGGAUAUUAGUCACGCUCAAUGGCUUUUGUUUUGUCUGUUUGCUAUACAACAUGUAAUUUUCCGAACUAACCGUCUGAAUUCCUCAUACUCAUAGCCUUAGCAUCUGUGCUAAUUUGAUUCACCCUCAUUUUCACUUAUAUUCUUUCCAUUUCCUGUUCAUCGUCUUGCCAUCCUGAUUACAUAAAACACAAUAUCUGACCCAAAAAAAGGAAAUGAAUGGAAAGUCUGGAGAACAUUUUUAUAGUCUUUUUCAUUCUGUCUGUAUCCCUGCAUUUGUGAUGUAUCUGAUGACAAUCCAUUUCAUUGAUAAAUAAACAUGUUUCAACAUA